AUGGAAAAGUACUUGAAGCAAUGUUCUGCACAGGAACGAAAUGAUGGCGUACAGUGGUGCACGUUCGACUUUGAGCGUGAGUUCGGCUACGACUGCUCAAAAGCAACAAAUUAUGGCUACGACAACGGCAAUCCAUGCUUUUUGUUCGUUUUUGAAAAUCAUUUGAACUGGAAGCCAAAUGUGAAGGAAGAUGUUUCCUAUUUACCGUUUCUGUGCAGAAUGCAGUAUCAGUAUUCUUCAAAUGUUUAUGUGAAUAUUACGUAUUAUCCUGCGCUGCCAACACUGCUGCGUAAUGGAGGUUUUCGACUGAAUUUGAUACCAAGUCGAAAGAUAACAAGUGAUGAUGGGAAUGAUAUUCGGGAAACGAAUGGCAACAUCAUGCACACUUUACCUCCACUGGUAAUGAUGAAAAUGACACUUCCGAAUAUCUUAUCAAAGGAUCGUGCUGGUGAAAUUGGUCCAUUUACAUUGGACUGCCGAAUAAAGGAUAAUGUUUUUGGCUAUGAAUUUGAUAAUAUGAAACAAUUUGGCGGCCAAACAGCUGUUUCAUUCGACUUUGUGCCACGAUUUUCCUAA